AUGCGUCCUUCCGACGAAACCACUGCCUGGAGCAAAGCAAGGAUUGAGCGGCGGGCCACCGUCCGAGAAACGAAGCAAAAGGGACGGUGCCUUUUUACCAACGAGGCCUGCGAGCCGGGCCAGGUGGUCUUCGUGGAAAGACCGCUUCUUGUGGCUUUGCCAGCUGUUGCGCCCAAGCUUUGGGAAUGUCUUCAGAAGCUUCAUGGAGCUCAGCCGCUAAACCUUGGAACCAUCACGUUCCAUUUCGCUGCACUGGUUUCAGUGCUAACACUUGAUGCGACUGACAUCGGCAUCAUCCGGGACAAAUACGUGCCUGACACCGAUGAGGAACCCAAUGAGGAUGUGACUCGAAUCCUGCAAGCACUUCAGGCUGCUCCCACGGAAUUAGCGAAGGAGCAGAUGUCCAAGCUGGAUGGCAAGAGCUUUCAAAGGCUUGUGUCAGCUUGGCGUUACAACUCCUUUGGACAUCACAAGGAGGAUGGCUUGGUACUUUACAACCGAAUUUCCAUGUGUGCACAUUCUUGUGAUCCGACUUGUUGCUGGUCCUAUGGAGACGAAGAUGCAUUUGUACUUCGCAGCCGAAUGGCUUUGGACAAGGGCGACGAGCUCACGAUCUCCUACCUGCAGGAUGAGGACCUCCUCAAAAGCACGGCUGUUAGACAGCAGAAGCUCCAGAAUUGGAAGUUUCUCUGCAUGUGCCCGCGCUGCUCCCUCAAGACCGACGUUGGCCGUGGCAUACGUUGUCAACGUUGCCGAGUUGGGGUCCUGUACCCGCAGGUGCAAGCGUCCAGCACGAGCUUCGAGCACUGCAGGGUUUGUGGCAGCUCUCCUCCAGCAGAGGAUAUCUCCAUGCUCCUGCACAUGGAAGAAGAGUAUGUUCAAAGAGUGGACUGUUUGGACAAGAAAGACCUGGAAGACGUGCAGCAAGUAUACCAGGCUGCUCUCGACAUCUUUGAGAACCAUUGGAUUCUCUAUGUGAUGGAUACCAUCCUUUGGGAAGGCCACCGCCAAAAGAAUGUCAUGGAUGCCAUGGAGCAUCAGCGCCGCCGGAUUGACUUCCACCAGCACUACUACUUCAGGCCGACCUUCAUCCUGGCAUGGUGCCAUGAGGAGCUGGGUGAUUGCAUGAUGGCGCAGUUCCCGACACGAAAAUGGCACAUCACGCAGGAGCUCCUGAAACCUCAAGCAUAA